AUGAUGGAAUCUCUCCUGAUUGUCAGAAGUGCUAAAUUUCAUGUUUAACUUGUUAAAACACUGCAAUUUAUUGUACAUCCUGUGAAUCAACGAGACAUUUUGAAGGAUUUUGUUGCAAAAUUAGGUGUUCAAUAAAUUAGAUUGUAAACCAAUUCUGGUCGUUUUCCCACUAUUUUUUGGGUUUCAAAACCUACAUAUUAUAUCUUUGAACCUAUUGUUUUGGAAUUUAAAAUUAAAAAAAAGACUUGUUCCGAUAUGAAUGCUACUUAAGUUGAUAACUCUUAAUUUUCUUUAUCAUUAGUUGAAGUGCAUAGAAAUGAUUCCAAUUCCAGGUCAUCAAGAGUAAAUUAUUCAGAAAUCACAAGUCAACAUAGUUUUAUUGUUACUAUUGAAAGAUAUACUUUGACUCCAAUGGUUGCAUACACUUUUGAAUAAACAACAAGUGAUAUAAUAGUAAACUUUUCAACUAAGAGAAAUAUUACAAUUGAAGUUAGCUCAGGAGAUUCAGAAUCAUAGAAAAGAUACUUAAAUAUUCAUCUCAUGUAAAGAUUUAGAUACUUAAUACAAUUGGAAUUAGGAUUCAUCCAUAGCGAUUAAUUCUUCUCAUUGAUUAGAGCUCCCCUUCGUGAAAUUACCAUCUCUGCAUUCGCUGGUAAAAUAUCAAUGCUAAUGACAUUAUGCGAUUUCAUUGAAGUUAGUCAAAUGAUUUUCUUGUCGACAUAAUUGUUAACUGAGCCUAUUGUUAAUCUAUAGAUUUGA